UUUCCUGCCGUGGUGUCUGUGUGGAGCCCCACACACUCCCGCUCCACAACGACGACGGCUCUCGCCUGCCUCCUCCAGUGCUUCUUCUGUCAGCGAGUCCAGCGGAGCUGCAGCUCCUCCGGCGCCGGCCCGGACCCCCCCAGCGAGGAGCCCCGCCCCUCUGACAUGGUGAAGAUGACCAAGUCCAAGACCUUCCAGGCUUACCUGCCCAGCUGCCACCGCACCUACAGCUGCAUCCACUGCCGGGCGCACCUGGCCAACCACGACGAGCUCAUCUCAAAGUCAUUUCAAGGCAGUCAAGGAAGAGCCUACCUGUUUAAUUCUGUUUCUUCAUGUUCUUCUUGUUCUUCUUUUUGUAGUUCUUCUUCUUCUUGUUCUUCUUUUUCAUGUUCUUCUUGUUGUUCUUUUUCUUGUUCUUCUUUUUGUUCUUGUUCAUCUUUUUUCUUCUUGUUCUUGUUCAUCAUCCUGUUCUUCUUCUUGUUCUUCUUCUUGCUCUUGUUAUUCUUCUUCUUUUUGUUCUUGUUCUUGUACUUCUUGUUCUGCUUCUGCUUCUUGUUCUGCUUGUUGUUGUUGUUCAUCUUUUUCUUGUUGUGUCUUCUGCUGCUCUCCGUGACCUUGUCUCCAUUUCCUGUCUCCACCUGCAGAGUAAAUGUGGGCUGCGGGCCGGCCGAGGAGCGGGUUCUCCUCACAGGUUUACAUGCCGUGGCUGAUAUCUACUGUGAAAACUGUAAAACCACGCUGGGCUGGAAAUAUGAACACGCGUUCGAGAGCAGUCAAAAGUACAAAGAGGGAAAGUUUAUCAUCGAGCUGGCUCACAUGAUCAAGGACAACGGAUGGGAGUGACGCUCCUCUUUCUCUUUUCCCGACCUUGGAAUGCUCUUUAUUGAACUGCAUGGAGCGACAGCCCCCCCCCCCCCCUCCACCAAAACCUCCACUCUCUCGCCCCCUUCACGUGCACACCCGCCCGUCGUGAAAUGGAACAGCUAAAAAUGACACGAAAGAAGAAGAAGGAAACAAAACAAAAAACUACGACGAGGAAGCGGAAUUUCACGUUACAGGAGUCGUGUCGUUGCCGUAGAGAUUGUGUGUUCUCCUUUGUGGUGCCGGAGCUUUUUGGGGUUUGACCCCCACUCACUCUCACCCCCCACCGGACCAUGAUAGCAAGUGAUUGUGGUGACACGGUAACCACUAUAAGGAGAGACUUCACCAACGGGGACAUUUCUUUAUUUCGCCCACCCGGCGAGACAGAUGAAGGACUAUUUGUUUUAUGUUAUUUGCUUUAGUUUCAACUUCUGGGUUCGGUAAGGUUUUGUUUCGAUGGCAGAUGGAUGUUACUGGUUAGCAUUUUCUUCACCCUGUCAAGUCUUUAUCGCGUCGUGGUGGUGGUUGUUGUUAUUGUUGUUGUUGUUGUAUCUCUGCCGAUAGCUGAGCAUGCUUUUCUUUGCUAAUGUCCAAAUAAGCAAUCAGGGACGAGUGAGGAGGGGAAAGGGAGUUUUUAUUGUAGUUACAAAUAUGUAGCAGCGUCAUGCUUUUUAAAAAGAAAAACAAAAAAAGUGGCAACGGAUGGGAUGGUCGUAGUGUAGGAUUUUAUUCCUGAUAUAUCUGUUUUAUCUUUUCUAUCUUGUGAAUUUUCUUCAUUUACCCCCUUUUUUAGCACCCAAAAAGCAUUGAAAGCAGAACCUACCAUGUGUUGGACAUAAAUGGAUAUACAUAUAUAUAUAUAAUUACUAUAUAGAUAUAUAAAUACUUGUAGUAUUUGACUAAGUGCGAUUGUGGCUGGUCCCAUUGUGCAGCAAGUGGGAAAAAAGGAUCUGAAAAGGAGUACAACUAGCUUCUAGACUGGGGAGCCGGACAUGUGGCAAUAUAUAUACACACACAUACUUCAAUUGUAUAUCCAUAAAUACGAUUGAAAAUGUUCGUAGUACGUAGUUAUUGAAACAUGGAUUCUAAAUAUAUAUAUUUGCCGUCAUGCACAUGUGCACAUAUACAGAUGAUGUGUUUAUACACAUUGUGUGUAGUGACUGUACUUCCCAGAGGCCUUUGGUUCAUCUCAGUUUAGAGGCAAAAACACUUAGUUCGCUCUCGUCCGUCUCUCUUGUACAAAGGGUUUUCUUUAAACGGCCUUCUCACAGACGAACGACAGAUUGUUGGAGACGAAAGGAAAAAGUUUGACCGACGCCGGUUCGAGGAUCUACGUCGUUUUUUUCCGUUAAGACCAAAGUCAAAUUCUUCUCGAUUUAAAAUUAUAUAUCGACGACUUUUGAUUUUUCUCGAGAAAAGUUUCCGAUGAGUCUUUGCUGCUAGCGUAGAAACCCGACAUUUCCUUAUUCGCUCCCGUAAGUCUUUUUGCACUUUAUAUACUUGCUUUUCUCCAUCCCUCCUUCUCUCUCACUCUUUCUUCCUCUCUCUCCCUCUCCCUCUCUCCCCCCCCCCUCUCUCUCUCUCUCUCUCAGAUUUGCCUCUAAGCCGUUUGAAUCUUGUGCCUCUUCAAAACAUCCUCCCAUCAUAUUUUCUGUUGUGCAGUGCAUAACUGUAAAAAAACAAAAAAAAACAGCUAUUGUGUGAACCGAUGUGUCUUCCCAACCCCCCCCCCCCCCCCCCCCCUCCUGCCGCUCUUCCCUUUUUUUCGUUUUAUCUUAUUUCUUUUUUAGCACAACAUACUUGCUUGUAUUUUCUACAUUGUAAGAUUUAGAGGUGCAAAAAGAGAGGAGGAGGAGGUUUGGAACGUAGGGGAAGAAAACAAAUGGCAGCGGGUGGAGGCGGGGCAACGUGGGGAUUGGAGAGAUUUAAAAAAAUCAGCAGUGAUUGAUGACUUUGCCGGCGAGGUCAGUCAGAUCACACAAACAUUUAUCCUAAAAAAAACGAUGACAAUGCAAACCAACCCUUGAUAGUUAAGCGGUGAUACCUACUUGAAAAUAUAAAGACAUAAACAGCUGAGAUAUUGGCCCCGUGUUACAGUUUUUUUUUACAUAAAGUAACAUAUUUAAGGUUUUUAUACGUAUUUCUACUGGGUUAGUUCUUUUACUUCCCUGACUUGAAGCACUUUUGUUCACUGUACCUCUGGCUGUGUGUGCGUAUGUGCGUGUGUGUGUAUUAGCCCACAUGCAUACUUGCACACAAAAGUGAAUGUUUAGUUUAUUUUCCUCAGACAGUUUAUUUCUCUUUUUUCUUUUUCCUCUUUUUUCUUUUCUUUUUUUUGGAAGUGUUUUUAUUUUAUCCUGUUUUUUCUUUUUUUUCUUUCUCUCACAGCUGUUUGGUUUCUCUUCGUUUGGAAGUGAUUUAUCCCCAAUUUUGUUUUAUUUUUUCUGCUGGGCUUGUUUAUUUAGCUCACGUGGUGAGAGCCCGUCCGCGUGGACAUCGAGGGGGAGCUGGACUCUCCCUCCAUGUGUGGAGGGGACUCUCAGGUGAGGAGCAGCACCACCCGGCAGCCAUGUUGGAGGUCCUUAGCUUUUUGGAAACGUUGGCUGUGAAUAUCUGAUUGUAUUUCUUGAGAACAAAUUAAUUUUUGUCCCGUUUGAAAAAAGAUUUUUCCUGAUUCAUUUGAUUUGUUGUUUUGAUAAUAUUAGCUCGUUAGCUAGCAGUCGCGAAAACCCCAGUUAUUGGUCUGCAUAACGAGGCCCGUUCUACUUUAAAUAUAUAAUGAAUGCAGCGCUGCGUCCCACAAUCCCCUGCACACACUUUACUUUAGUAGCUGAACGUCUUGGUAUUUAAAUGACACUUUCGACUUCUCACCUGGCUGCAGUGACGUAGAAGCGUCCACCAGGGGGGUGUCGGUACACCGUGACAUCACGGUGGGCGUGGCCACAGGUGCAACGGAGACUACAACCAUUAGUGAUAAGGUGGUGACACAACUCUUCGGCUGGCUGUUAACAUCACUCUUUAAUGAUAAAUUGUUUUUUCCCGUGAUCUCCGGUGCCAGUAAACAUAGCUACUUGUGGUGAACCGAGGGUACUGCGUGAUAUCCGCCGUUCAAACAGCCAUUUUUUCCUGGUGAUAAACUUGAAAACUACUGUGACUGAAACUAAAUUCUUCGCCACAAAAAACAAUCAGUCCAUUUGAGUAUCUGGAGCGGUCACAUGACCUUUAAAUGUGACAACUCGGCAACUCCAGAACACCGACUGGACCUUGUGGUGUGAAUUAUUAUUAUUUUGUUGUCGUUUUUUUUUUCCAGAUCGCCUGAAUUCCCCGUUGGUUUUUAUCUCCGUGAGGCCUUCGCUGUCUCUGAAGGACCACCUUUCAAGGUUUUUAUUUUUCUCGAAGGUUGCAGCUCUUGAAUUGGGAUGCUGCCUUUUAUCCGCCGGCAAAUCAGAGAUAAACUUUUACCAAACUUGUAGAGCAAAGAGAACGGCACUGGUGGAAACAUUCGAGAACUAAAUGAAUCCCAUCUGAGUGGAACGUAUUCACGUCUUUCUGACCUCUGUAGUCUCUCCGUCAUGCACACAGCCACUUCCUCCUAUAGGACCUCCAAGAUGGCGCCGGUAGCUUAAAGUAAAACCAACGAAAAAGCAGUCGCCAGUGUCACCGCCGGUGUGUAAACCAAAUAAGAACCAGGGGGGGGGGGGGGGGGGGGGGCAGGAGAACUCUUCUUUCCGUAAAAUUCUCUGAAUUUAACAGCGUCAAAGGAAAAAUUGUAGAUAUGUGCUGCUGAAAAAAACUUUACUUUUGACUGUUUUUGUUGUUAUUGUGACACUGGCUAACUACUUUUUGAGCUCUGUUACUUUCUAUAUAUAAAAAGAAAAGGCUAGAUGGUUUUACUGGGGAAAAGACGGCACACGUUAUUUUCUUUAGGACUUUUAAACUACAGUUUGAGGUCUCGAGCAUGUUGUAUUUAUAAAGGCUAUAUGUCGUGCCUGUUUUUAUUAUUAUUAUUAUUUACUUCUUUUUUUCUUCUUUUAAAUUUAAAAAAAAAAAAAAAUCCUAUAUGCUUUUUAUUUGACUCCGUUGCUUUGCAUUCUGACUUUUCGUGAAGCCGUGUCACGCGUCUGUUUUCACUCUAAUGUAAAAUAUCGGAUAUCACAAUAAAUUUUCAAUGGCAUUAAGUUUGUG